AGCCUUCAGUCAAUUCGAACAAGAAAUCGCUGCUUGUAAAUAUGGCGAGCGCUGGUGAUUUACCCCCGGAAGAAGGGGUCCAACAGGAGCCAUCAGAGGACUCCGAAAAGACUGUUGUUAGUGAAACCGAAGGUGUUUUCCGUUAUUUUAUGUACCAGCGAUUUCAAGAUGAAGCCGAACGAGGUGAUACUGAAGUUCAGUUUACAGAGGCGAGAUCCGAUGCUUUGGAAGAACUUCGCUCUUGUAACGAUACAUCAAGGCAACAUAUUGCGACCAUUGGCCGACGUCUGGGGGAAGUUGGAGAUGAAAUCGAUGCUAAAUAUAGAGACCAAUUCCAUGACAUGAUAGAAAGCUUGCAUCUCACGCCGGGAACAGCCUACGAUACAUUUGCCGCGGUUGCCCGCCGACUAUUUCGUUCUGGUAUAAGUUGGGGAAGAAUCAUCGCUUUACUGUGCUUUGGAUACGAGAUUGCGAUUACUGUUAUACGAAGAGGAUUCAGCGGGAGCUUCCUUAGAAGGAUUAUUCGCUUUGUUGUGGACUUUAUAUUUCGCGAGAGGAUAGCAAGAUGGAUUGCAGAGCACGGUGGCUGGAGAUCUGUCAUGGACUUCAGACUGUCUGAGCCAAGCUGGUACACUGUCGGCACCGUUAUCAUCCUCGGCACUGUAGUUGCACUAUGGGCUGCAAAUCGUCUCAAGAAGUGAUAUGUAAAUACUGUAGCAUAAAUGAAUGUCAGUACUAGAGUAGUGUAAUUAAUAUGGCAGGGGCCAAUCAAGGCUUGAAAUCUUGACAAAUUGGACUGACUUAAAGUGACAAUGUCACCAGUUUACCUGUCAAUUAUGUAACAAUCUCUGAUUAUUUUUACUGGAAAACAUAAAAAAAAUUCAAAAUUAAAAUUUCUUUUGUGACUGAUAAUUUAGAGCCGAUGGCCUGUUAGAUAGCGUGGAUUCUUAGAUUCUUUUGUGUCUUGUUGGUAGAGUUUCCUGUCGGCCCUCCAGAAGAAAACUGGUGACAAUGUCGCUUUAAAUUUCUGCGAAAAAUUCUUUAUUCAUUCAAGGCACUAGCUAAAGCUUUCUUGCUUUUGUCUGUGUUUGAUUUUAGCAGUAGUAUAGGUAUAUUACUGGCAUUGUAGCCCGGAUACGCUGAGCUUAGCUGGUGGGUGGGCAGGUGUAGAUAUCAUACAAAAAAAAAACAAUGCCUCUUUCGCAGCUAUGAGUCAGCCCAGGGGUUUUGAAACAACCACCACUUUCAUCAGUAGCACUACAAACUGGGACAAGAAAAUGGUCCACUUAGUGGGUAAACUUCCUCCCCACUCAAAAUACUUUCUACUGAGUACAGUAGGCUUGGUACUCCCACCUCACUGUACCCACCUUUAUUUACAUGUGCCUGCAGAAGGGGUUACCAGAUAAGCAUGUGAGAUUGUUCUUUUACAGCUCCUUGUGUGGUCUUAAAAGUCAACUAACCUUCAUUCCAAUGCUUUUUAACAAAUAUGCUUAGCUGAGUUUUAAAAUACUUCCAAACAAGGGAUUUGCUACUGUACCUUCAGAGAUUGCACAUGGCACCAUGAGAAGUAGUGAUUCUUGAUUCUUCUGACUCCCUAAGUGCUCAUGCUGUAUGUGUCUCCUUGAAUGAUUGUGAUGCCAUUUGGCCUUGGAUUGUUGCAUUUAAAUUGGGCUAGGUAUUGUUAGCUCAAAAUUUAAGUACUGUGAAUUUAAUUCUUUAGAUGUACUAAUUGAAUGCAUUUGAAAGCAGUAGAGGCCAUAAGUACAAUUGAAUUAUCUUAACUUGGAUAUUGUACUGAUUUGUAUAAUACUCAGCAUGAUGUCUGUUGCUUUAGGAAAUACAAGGAAUAAAUAAGACUGCUCAUCUCCAGUUGACAUUUUUUUUGUGGCCAUGAUGCUGAUUUAAUCACCAAUUCAGACCGGUGUUUUUCUGACUUUCAUAGGAAAAGAACUGUCCUUAAUAAAGAGUUGUUCUAGUUAAAGACGCAUUGUCACCAGUUUACUUCCGGUCGAUUACGUAAGAAUUGACGAUAAUUUUUAAUGGAAAACACGAAAAAUAUUUCAAAAUAUAGAAAGCAGUGUGUCUAUUGGAAGUUUCUUUGAGGAUGUGACCACUAAUUUAGAGCGGAUGGCCUGUUAAAUAUUUCGGAUUCAAAUAGAUUCUUUUUUCUUUUAACGUUUGAGGUUUCCAUCUGACAUCCGGAAGUAAACUGGUGACAAUGCGGCUUUAAAUAGGUUCGCCUAGUGAAGGACUCAACUAAAUCAGAGUUUGAGUCCUUUGUUUAAACUUCCAUUUUGCUAACUAAGGCUUCCUUUUUACACCUAUAAGCCACUGUUAUAGAAGAGAAAUGCAGUAAACUGGAUUCCUUAGAUUUACUGGUUUCAACUUGUAUUCAAGUGUAGAACUUCUGUUCAUAUGUACACUACAAAGUGUAGCACCCUAUUUUUUGUCAUGAGGUAAUACUUCCUUUUUUGUAAAUUUUCAAUGUUCUGUACUCCACAAUAAUGCUUAAAAAAACUAAAUGUAGAGAAAUUUAGAAUUAUGUGGUAAUUACACUGUAGACACCUGAAUAAUUCCAAUGCAUGUUCUAUUUCUUAGUUACAGAGGGACUGGUUUUAAAAAAACUACGAAAAGUGAGAAUAUGUGUUGAAUGUUUUUAUCACAUGCAAAGAUUCUGGCACUGAUAGUUGUUGAGACUUGUUUGCAUUGAACGGUUUUAAUAUCUUGUGCUAUUGGUUGAGCUACAAUUUCAUGCAUAUUUUUACUGUUCACAUUUAUAACUCGCGCUGUAAAAUAAAAUAAUUAGGUUAGCUAAUGUAUUUAGGCACAACAAUACCACUUUGAGAUGGAUAAUUUUGUUGCUUAACAGGCAUUUUGUCUAAUGCAAACUUGAAUUGUAUAUAUUGUGUGUUAUUUAAGUUUUUUCUUAAAAAUGUAAUUUCAGGUGCCUUUCUUAAAAUUAUGAAAUUGUGACAGGGUACCAUAAAUAUUGGAAUAAAAUGUUUGCCUAUCA